UACGCAUAUAUAAUACUAAGUCAUUCACAGGCUGUGAGUUAAGCCAGUUGCUAUCAACGCAAUCACCAUAUAUAUAUUGGUAUAUAUAUUGGUAGAAACUGUGACAGACGGAGCAGAUCAAUUGGCUUCCUCUGUGGAGAGGAUUUUGGUUUUUCCCGACUGAUCCGAGGAAAUCGGCUGAUGGCAAACCUGCAAAUAGUGCCAGCGGGGAUCACGAAUGUUGUUGAGGCCCAAUACGUAGAGAUGAAGGUGCCUCUUUAUUCUUACGGGUGCGAGAAGAAAGUCAAGAAGGCCCUAGCCCAUCUCAAAGGUAUAUACUCGAUCAUGGUGGAUUACCAAGAGCAAAAGGUGACGGUGUGGGGAAUAUGCAACAAGUACGCUGUGCUGGCAAGCAUCAGAAACAAGCGCAAAGGAGCCUAUUUUUGGAAACCCGAAGACAGCACCCAACUUCUAGCACUGGAGAAAUUACAAACGCCGCCAUCCUCGCCCCAAUCUGAUUCAUGUCCAAAUCCGAAGCCCACUUCCGCUUCCGCUCCAUCUUUGGCCCUCGUCACCAAAGGUUUAGGUCGGUCACUCAGCUGGAAAACUUGGAAGAAGGUCUUCAUCAGGUCCUACUCCUUUUAAUUAGUAUUGUCCUCUUUUUUUCCCUUGGGUUAACGUGUUGCUUCAAGAUAUUCCCGGCGGCUGUCUUCAACUGAAAUACUGAAACAUUGCCAACCAUUUUGGUUUUCUGGUCCAUUUCUCUAUUCUG